CAAACCUCGUAAUAAAGGAAUACUGAAAACACACCUUUGAAACCAUUUAUAUUGUGUUAUACAUGUCUGACAACACCUCCCACAAUUGAUCAGGUCAUGUGAUCUUAACUUCAAAAGUGCAACACUGUUGUUCUGGGAGUCGGACUGACUGAUUAACUCUCCUCUUCUCUUCACUGAUCAUCAGCACACUGCAGUAAUGUCAAUGUGUGGAGCCUGGAGUCCAGUGAAACCGGUCACUCUAGAGGUGAUAAAGAUUUGCCUUGAGAUGAGGAAAAAGAUUGAGGACAAUGUUGAGAAUGGAAAUGAUUCAAAGGUUUACAUUCCUUCGGUCUAUUCUUAUCAGAUUUUGAAUGGAACAAACUAUGUGGUCAAGGUGUUUCUUGGUGGAAGGGAUGAUGGAGUGUGUGUUCAUGCGAAGAUACAUCAGGCUCUUCCCUGUAAUGAUGGAAAACUGACACUGUCUCGAUUCCAGUUUCCUAAAACCUUCGAUGAACCUCUGGAACCCUUCUGAACACAUCUAACCAAAUACAGAAACAGACUUGUCAAAUUCAACGAGCUGUAGAGGAACUGUUGAAAUUCUUCAAUAUUAAACUCUGUAUUCAAACA